GCUCCGCUCAGGCUGCUAGUUGUUGUAGUUCUGCCGGGGUUUGCUUCUUGAGAGGGGGAGAGCUUCGGCUGUGAUGCCGCUGGAGGAUGGCUGCUUUCGGGAUCUUAAGUUACGAACACCGGCCUUUAAAGCGGCCCCGGCUCGGCCCCCCAGACGUUUAUCCUCAGGAUCCAAAGCAAAAAGAGGAUGAAUUGACUGCUCUGAACGUGAAGCAAGGAUUCAAUAACCAGCCGGCUGUGUCUGGUGAUGAACAUGGMAGUGCCAGAAAUGUCAACUUCAAUCCCUCAAAGAUCAGUUCAAACUUCAGCAGCAUCAUUGCGGAGAAGCUGCGAUACAACACAUUUCCAGACACGGGGAAACGUAAACCGCAGGUCAACCAAAAGGAUAAUUUCUGGCUCGUCACAGCAAGGUCACAGAGCUCCAUUAAUAACUGGUUCACGGAUUUAGCUGGGACUAAACCACUUACGCAGCUGGCUAAAAAGGUACCAAUCUUUAGCAAAAAGGAGGAGGUUUUUGGAUACUUGGCCAAAUAUUCAGUUCCUGUCAUGCGAUCAGCUUGGAUGAUCAAGAUGACCUGUGCGUAUCAUGCUGCUAUCACAGAAACAAAAGUCAAGAAGAGGCAUGUGAUUGAUCCCUGUAUAGAAUGGACCCAGAUCAUCACCAAAUAUCUGUGGGAGCAACUUCAGAAGGUGGCAGAGUUUUACAGGCAGUUUCCCAGUCAGGGCUGCAGCUCCCCGCUGCCAGCCAUGCCCGCUGACGUGGAGACGGCCAUGAAGCAGUGGGAGUACAACGAGAAGCUSGCCAUGUUCAUGUUUCAGGAUGGGAUGCUGGACCGACACGAGUUCCUGACGUGGGUGCUGGAGUGUUUUGAGAAGGUUCGGCCCGGCGAGGAUGAACUCCUCAGACUUCUCCUGCCGCUCUUACUGCAGUACUCGGGGGAAUUUGUGCAGUCUGCUUACUUGUCACGGAGACUGGCUUACUUCUGCACACGUCGCCUCAACCUGUUGCUAAGCGAUGGGAGCCUGGGCUCAGGCGCGGGGGGCCACCCGGCACACGGCAUCUUGACGCAGCAAAGCACCGCCCUGCCCCCAACCCCGACCUCUCAGCCAGCUGGUGGGAGUCAGCCUCAGACACCUUUCACAGACUUCUACAUUUGUCCUCAGCACAGGCCUCUGGUGUUCGGCCUCAGCUGCAUGUUACAGAGCAUAGUGCUGUGCUGUCCCAGUGCUUUGGUGUGGCAUUACUCUUUAACGGACAGCAGAAACAAAACCGGUUCRCCUCUGGACCUCCUGCCCAUCGCCCCCUCUGGUUUACCAAUGCCAGGAGGAAACACUACCUUUACUCAACAGGUUCGUUCAAAGUUGAGAGAAAUCGAGGAGCAAAUAAAGGAGCGAGGUCAGGCCGUGGAGUUCAGGUGGUCGUUUGAUAAGUGCCAGGAGACCACAGCAGGCUUCACCAUUGGGAGGGUUCUUCACACCCUGGAGGUUUUAGACAACCACAGCUUUGAGAAGUCUGACUUCAACAACUCACUGGAUUCACUGUACAACAGGAUAUUUGGUUCUGGGCAAAGUAAAGAUGGCCAUGAGAUGUCACCUGACGACGAUGCUGUGGUCACCCUGCUCUGCGAGUGGGCGGUGUGCUGUAAGCGAUCUGGCAGGCACCGGGCCAUGGUGGUGGCCAAACUGCUGGAGAAGAGACARGCUGAAAUAGAAGCCGAGAGAUGCGGCGAGUCGGAGGUGGUGGACGAGAAAGGCUCCGUGUCGUCCGGCUCCCUCUCGGCUGCCACACUGCCCGUCUUUCAGGAYGUACUGCUGCAGUUCCUCGAUACGCAGGCACCCACACUCACUGAACCUGGGAACGAAAGCGAGCGAAUAGAAUUUUCCAACCUGGUCCUUCUCUUCUGUGAGCUCAUUCGCCACGACGUCUUCUCCCACAACAUCUACAUGUGCACGCUGAUCUCCCGUGGCGACCUGGCUUCGGACUCUCACCUGCCGCGGCCACGUUCCCCGAGCGACGAGCCCUCCGAUGAGUCGGAGCGCAAAGAGCAGGAUGCGGGCAUCAGUGUGAAGAUGGAGCAGGAUACCGGUCUGUCUGAGUCGAUGGAAAUUGAUCCCAACUCCAGUGCUAAUUUUGAGGAGAUGUUCUCACCUCCGAUGCAUUGCGAGUCCAAAGGGAGCCCCUCCCCCGAGAAGCCCGCUCCGGACCUGGACAGCAAGCCCAACUGCAAAGACAAAGGCAUGGACCCCGCCUUCCCGCAACUCUACGAUCAACCGCGGCACAUUCAGUAUGCUACUCACUUCCCCAUUCCACAGGAGGAAAGUGCCAGUCAUGAAUGCAACCAGCGUCUUGUUGUCCUCUACGGCGUGGGCAAACUGAGAGAUGAGGCGCGACACACCAUCAAGAAAAUCACAAAAGACAUCUUGAAGGUGCUAAACCGCAAAAGCACAGCAGAAACAGGAGGGGAGGAAGGACAAAAGAGRAAGAGGAGUAAGCCAGAGGCCUUUCCCACAGCAGAAGAUAUCUUCUCCAAAUUCCAGCACCUCUCCCACUUUGAUCAGCACCAGGUCACUUCGCAGGUGUCCAGAAAUGUUCUGGAGCAAAUCACCAGCUUUGCCUUAGGGAUGUCCUAUCACCUGCCUCUGGUUCAACACAUUCAGUUCAUCUUUGACCUCAUGGAGUACUCGCUCAACAUUAGUGGGCUCAUAGACUUCGCCAUUCAGCUUCUUAAUGAGUUAAGUCUGGUGGAAGCUGAGCUGCUGCUGAAGUCUUCCAGCCUGGUGGGCAGCUACACCACCAGCUUGUGUCUGUGCAUCGUAGCUGUGCUGAGGAGAUACCACUCCUGUCUUAUUCUCAACCCAGAGCAGACAGCACAAGUUUUUGAUGGGUUGCGGAUUGUGGUGAAGUCCGGUGUGAACCCAGCAGACUGUUCCUCUGCUGAACGCUGCAUCUUGGCUUACCUCUAUGACCUCUACACGUCCUGCAAUCACCUCAAGAACAAAUUUGGGGAGAUUUUCAGCGAGUUCUGCUCCAAAGUAAAAAACUCCAUCUACUGCAAUAUUGACCCGUCGGAUUCGAACAUGCUUUGGGAUUCUGAGUUCAUGAACGAGGCCAUCGCCAACCCCUCAGCCCACAACUUCAACCACUCCAUGGUGGGCAAAAUCCUCAACGACAGCCCAGCCAACCGCUACAGCUUUGUGUGUAACGUUCUCAUGGAUGUUUGCGUGGACUACCGAGACCCCGAGAGGGUGAACGAUAUCGGGAUCCUGUGUGCCGAGCUGACGGCGUACUGUCGCUCCCUGAGUGCCGAGUGGCUCGGCAUCCUCAAAGCUCUGUGCUGCUCCUCCAACAAUGGCAACUGUGGCUUCAAUGAUUUACUGUGUAACGUGGAUGUUAGUGAUUUGUCCUUCCAUGAUUCCCUGGCAACCUUCGUAGCCAUUCUCAUUGCCAGACAGUGUUUACUCUUAGAAGACCUGGUUCGCUGUGUGGCCAUUCCCUCACUCCUCAAUGCAGCCUGCAGUGAGCAAGACUCCGAGCCAGGAGCACGACUCACCUGCAGAAUCCUGUUGCAUCUGUUUAAGACGCCACAGCGUAAUCCUGUCCCACAAGAUGGUGUCAAGUCAGACAAAUCCUCAGUUGGCAUUCGUUCGUCUUGUGACCGUCACCUUCUUGCUGCCUCGCAGAACAGCAUCGUUGUUGGAGCAGUUUUUGCUGUCCUCAAAGCCGUAUUUAUGCUGGGUGAUGCCGAGCUAAGAGGCUCAGGCCUGUCGCACCCUGCUUGCCUCGAUGAGAUAUCAGAGGGCCGCAACGUCUCCAUAGAAACAGCCAGCCUGGAUGUAUAUGCAAAAUAUGUUCUGAAGACGAUCUGCCAGCAGGAAUGGGUUGGAGAACGCUGCUUAAAGUCUCUCUCUGAGGACAGCAGUGCUCUCCAGGACCCAGUGCUGGUAAACAUUCAAGCCCAACGGCUCCUGCAGCUUAUCUGUUAUCCUCACCGCCAGCUGGAUAGUGAUGACGGCGACAAUCCUCAAAGGCAGCGCAUCAAACGUAUCCUUCAGAAUAUGGAUCAGUGGACGAUGAGACAGUCGUCUCUGGAGCUGCAGCUUAUGAUCAAACAGAGCACAAACAAUGAGCUCUACUCUCUCCUGGAGAACAUUGCUAAGGCCACUAUAGAGGUUUUCCAAAAAUCGGCAGAGAUGAACUCCAGUAACCCCGCAGGAAAUGGAGCGGCAGUCCAAGGGGGCUCGGCAUCCAAUACCAACAGCACCACAAGCAAGAUUAAGCCUAUUUUAAGUUCUUCAGAGCGAUCGGGUGUUUGGCUGGUGGCUCCACUGAUAGCCAAGCUGCCCACAUCAGUUCAGGGCCACGUGCUGAAGGCGGCUGGAGAGGAGCUGGAGAAAGGACAGCACCUUGGAUCUUCCUCGCGCAAAGAAAGGGACAGGCAGAAACAAAAAAGUAUGUCUCUGCUGAGCCAGCAGCCAUUCCUGUCUUUGGUGCUGACCUGCUUAAAGGGACAGGAUGAACAGAGAGAGGGCCUUCUCACCUCCCUUUAUAGCCAAGUGCAGCAGAUUGUCACCAACUGGAGAGAAGACCAGUACCAGGACGACUGCAAGGCAAAGCAAAUGAUGCACGAGGCCCUGAAACUACGGCUGAAUCUUGUUGGUGGCAUGUUUGACACGGUGCAACGGAGCACCCAGCAAACCACUGAGUGGGCAGUUCUGCUCCUCGAUAUCAUCAGCAGUGGAACAGUGGACAUGCAGUCCAAUAAUGAGCUUUUCACAACUGUGUUGGACAUGUUGAGCGUGCUGAUAAAUGGCACGUUGGCUGCCGACAUGUCCAGUAUUUCUCAGGGCAGCAUGGAGGAGAAUAAGAGAGCUUACAUGAACCUGGUCAAGAAGCUCAGGAAAGAGCUUGGAGAUCGGCAGUCAGAAAGUUUGGAAAAGGUUCGCCAACUUCUGCCGCUGCCCAAGCAAACGCGUGAUGUCAUUACCUGUGAACCUCAGGGCUCACUAAUAGACACAAAGGGCAACAAGAUCGCAGGCUUUGAGAAGGAGGGUCUUCAAGUAUCAACCAAACAGAAGAUUUCUCCAUGGGAUGUCUUUGAGGGUCUAAAACACUCCGCACCCCUUUCCUGGGGCUGGUUCGGAACCGUGCGCGUGGACCGGAAGAUCGCAAAGUUCGAGGAGCAGCAACGCUUCUUGCUUUACCACACCCACCUGAAGCCCAAACCUCGUAGCUAUUACCUGGAGCCCCUCCCGCUUCCCCCUGAAGAAGAGGAGCCUCUGACCCCUGUUCCCAAGGAACCAGAAAAGACCAUGAUGGAGGCGGUGAAAGCGGAGAAGAACAAGCCAGCUGUUCCCUCUGAAUCAAACAAGAAGAAAUCUAAGAAAAAGAAAUCUUCGUCUACCAACACAGAGGACCACCGAGUAAACUACCAGACUAAUAUGGGACCUGAAAUGGUGAAUCCUUACAGCAGGCCCCCCUACAACCCACAGUCAAUGGUCAUGUACACACAGAACCAGCCCCUGCCUCCAGGAGGUCCAGGUUUAGAAACUCCAUGCAGACCUGGCCGCAUCCCUCCCAUGAACAAAAUAUCCCCUCGACCCAACUAUCCACACAGCAUGGGUGGUAUGUUCGACAGGCAGAACCAAAUGCCCUACAAGCCUCAGAGCCAGAACCCACGGCAGCAGUUAGUGGCCAGACUGCAAAAUCCAAGUCUGGGACAGAUGAAACAAAUGGCACACAACCAGGCAUACUCUGCAAUGCAGGUCACACCGGGCUAUACCCCGUAUGUACCCAUUCAGCAGCAUCCUUCCCAAGCUGGUGGUUUAGGCUCCUCCUCGUAUGUAAACCAGAACUUUCAGACCACCCAUCCUGUACCCAACCCAGCUGUGGUGGAUCCUCUGAGGCAAAUGCAGCAGAGGCCCAGUGGUUACAUUCACCAGCAGGCUCCAGGCUAUGCACACAAUAUGCAGAACACGCCAAGGUUUGCCCACCAGCCCCUCAAUCCCAACCCUGUCAUUCACGGUAUGUCAGGUGUCAGUCACAUUGCAUCCCAGGGUGUCUAUCCAGGCUUGAGGUCCAAUCAGAUGCUGGCAGAUCAACAACAACAACAGCAGCAGCAACAACAACAACAACAGCAACAACAACAGCAACAACAGCAGCAGCAGCAGCAACAAGCACAGCAACAGCAUUUUUACCUCAGACACGCAUCACUCAGAGCUCAAGUUCAGCAGCAGCAGCAGGUCCAGCAGCAGGUCCAACAGCAGGUCCAGCAGCAGCAGGUCCAACAGCAGCAGCAACAGGUCCAGCAGCAGCAGGUUCCUCCUCAACAGCAGGUCCCACAGCAGCAACAGCAGCAGGUUUCGACUGUGCCCCCUCCAGGACAAACACAGAACCAGGGCCUGAACAUGCAGCCACUGCCCCCCCAGCAACCCAUGUUUCCCCGACAGGGAAUGCAGCAGACUCAGCAGCAGCAACAAACUGCAGCUCUGGUCAGGCAGCUGCAACAACAACUUUCAAACACACAACCAGGACAGGGCACCACUCCUUAUUAUUAAUUGUAUUUGUUUAUAAUUUUAUGGGAAGCCAUUUGUCUGUAGAUUAUGUUGACAGAUGAAGAGGAAAGWUGUAAAGGACCACCAGACAGCGAUCACGAUGAUGAACCUAAUCCAACCAUGACCAUGAAGGCAACAAAUAAAAUACUAAGACUUCAGAUGUGUAAUUGUGGAAUAUUAGAUGGACCCUAAUUUGAAGUAAACAUUUAWUGGUUAAUCUUGGAAAAGGUAUGUUUAAAAAAAGACAUAAGAAUGCUUUGUUUUGUUUCCGAUUUGUACAUUUUUUUCCCAGUUUUGUGUAUUUGUCAUUAAAAAAAUCAUGUCAGUUUUUAAUGUCUUGUGUGGACUGCCUGUGAAGGAAAGCAGUGAACUUUUUGUUUGUCUUCAGUCCUGGGAAAUGCACGGUGAGUUUGUAAUAACAGAUGGGAAACCUUUA